GUGUUAAAAAACAGUUCUAACCACUGCUAGUGCAAGAAGCUAUAUUUGGCCAAUCGUCAUAGGGUCCACAAAUUUAUGUGAACCUUACCACAUACUGUGUCUUGGCUUCUCUGUCAUCUUCUCCUUAAAACUCUCCUCCUUUUUCAAUAUUCAAAAUCUCAUAAAUUUUCUUUUGUUUUUUGAGGUUUUGACGCUCCCUCAAGUAUCAAAAACCCUUUUCUCACAAAGAGUAGUUUCUCAGCUAUUCAGUUCCAUAAAUUUUCUAUAUUUACACACACACACACACACAUAUGAUCAUUUAAUUUGGUUUCAUUAGAAUAGUUAAGACGUGUUUGGCUACAACAAUGAUGGAGGGUGGUGAUAUGCACAAAGCUAGUAGCAGUUUUCGUGCAAGCGGUUCUUCAGUAUGGAGGAAUACGUCCAUGGAUGCUUUUUCGAGGUCUUCUCGCGAGGAAGACGACGACGAAGAAGCUCUCAGAUGGGCUGCGCUUGAGAGGCUUCCUACUUACAAUCGGUUAAGGAAAGGUUUGUUUACAUCUUCACAUGGAGAGAUUAAUGAAAUCGAUGUCUCCGACAUCGGUUUACAAGAAAGAAGGAAACUUCUUGAGAGAUUGGUCCGAGUCGCUGAAGAAGACAAUGAGAAGUUUUUGUUAAAACUCAGGGAACGAAUCGAUCGAGUUGGGAUUGAGAUUCCGACGAUCGAAGUUAGGUUUGAGCAUUUGAAUGUUGAGGCAGAAGGUUAUGUGGGAAGUAGAGCGAUGCCGACAUUCUUAAACUUCGUGGUCAAUAUAUUCGAGAGUUGCUUGAAUUGUAUUCUUCCAAGCAAAAAGAGGCAUGUGAAUAUCCUUAGAAAAGUGAGUGGAAUUGUGAGACCUCGUAGGAUGGCACUACUUUUGGGUCCUCCAAGUUCUGGAAAAACCACACUCCUUUUAGCUCUAGCAGGAAAACUUGAUCCAGACCUUCAGGUUUCAGGGAAAGUGAGUUAUAAUGGAUAUGAAAUGAAUGAGUUUGUACCUCAAAGAACAGCGGCUUAUAUAAGUCAAAACGAUUGUCACAUUGGAGAAAUGACAGUAAGAGAAACCUUGGCUUUUUCUGCACGGUGCCAAGGGGUAGGAUCACGUUAUGACUUGCUUUCUGAAUUAUCAAGAAGAGAGAUAGCAGCAAAUAUCAAGCCUGAUCCAGAUAUUGAUAUCUACAUGAAGGCAACCGCAUCUAAAGGCCAGGAGGCAAACCAGAUGAUGACUGAGUAUGUGCUUAAGAUUUUGGGGCUGGAAAUAUGUGCUGAUACUAUGGUAGGGGAUGAAAUGCUACGUGGCAUAUCUGGUGGACAAAGGAAACGUGUUACUACAGGAGAGAUGAUGGUUGGACCAGCAAAUGCAAUGUUCAUGGAUGAAAUAUCCACAGGCUUAGAUAGUUCCACAACCUUUCAAAUUGUGAAAUGUCUAAGACAAAUUGUUCACAUUAUGAAUGGAACUGCACUUAUCUCUUUGCUACAACCUGCCCCUGAGACUUAUGGGCUUUUUGAUGACAUUAUUUUGCUCUCUGAGGGCCAAAUUGUGUACCAAGGACCACGCGAACACGUCCUCGAGUUUUUUGAGUACAUGGGUUUUAAAUGUCCUGAGAGAAAAGGUGUUGCUGACUUCCUUCAAGAAGUUACUUCGAAAAAGGAUCAAGAGCAGUAUUGGAUGCGUAGAGAUGAGCCAUACAGGUUUAUAACAGUGACUGAAUUUUCUGAGGCAUUUCAAUCAUUUCAUGUGGGUAGAACAGUUGGAGAUGAGCUUGCUGUUCCAUUUGAUAAGAGUAAGAACCAUCCAGCUGCUUUAACAACCAAGAAAUAUGGUAUUAGCAAGAUGGAAUUGCUAAAAGCUAAUUUCUCAAGAGAGUUCUUGCUAAUGAAAAGGAACUCAUUUGUUUACAUAUUCAAGCUAUGCCAGCUUGCAGUAAUGGCAAUAAUAGUAAUGACAGUAUUCCUGCGAACUGAGAUGCACAAGGACUCAGUGGACCAUGGAGGAUUUUAUGUAGGAGCAUUGUUUUUUGCUAUUAUUAUGUUACUGUUCAAUGGGAUGUCUGAGAUGUCUAUGACUAUUGGGAAGCUUCCUGUUUUCUUCAAGCAACGAGAUCUCUUGUUCUAUCCCGCUUGGGCGUAUGCCAUUCCUAGUUGGAUCCUGAAGAUCCCAGUUACUAUUGCUGAAGCUGCUGUUUGGGUUUGCCUAACCUAUUAUGUUAUUGGAUUUGACUCAUAUGUUGGCAGGUUUUUCAAGCAAUUACUUUUGCUAUUUGUUAUGGGACAAAUGGCUUCUGCAAUGUUCAGAACAAUUGCAGCAACAUCUAGGAACAUGAUAAUUGCAAACACAUUAGGAGCAUUUGCAAUAGUGACUCUUCUAACACUGGGAGGCUUCAUCUUGUCAAGAGACGAUAUCAAGAAAUGGUGGAUAUGGGGCUACUGGAUUUCACCUAUGAUGUAUGGCCAGAAUGCGAUAAUGGUUAAUGAGUUCCUUGGCAAAAGUUGGAAACAUGUCCUCUCAGGUACAUCUGAGCCACUAGGAGUUUUGGUUCUCAAGUCUCGUGGGUUCUUCGUACAUGCAUAUUGGUACUGGAUAGGUGCUGGAGCGUUGAUUGGAUUUGUACUUCUACUCAACAUUACUUACACUCUUGCCCUCACAUAUCUUAGUCCAUUCGAGAAGCCACAAGCUGUAAUAUCUGAAGAAUCUCCUGACAAGGCUCAAGAAAGCAUUGAGUUAACAAUUAGAGGAGGUGCGCCAAGCAGUGCUAGUGCUCUGCUUUCAGGGAACAUGGAAGAUAGUCAUGGGAGAAAAAGAGUGACUUCAAAGUCUGAAUCAGAGAGGUCAGAGGGUAUAGUUAAUUCAAGUCAAAAUAGGAAAAGAGGAAUGGUUCUUCCAUUUGAACCACAUUCAAUCACCUUUGAUGAAAUUAUAUACUCCGUUGACAUGCCUCCGGAGAUGAAGAACCAAGGUGUAACUGAGGACAAAUUAGUUCUUCUAAGAGGUGUUAGUGGAGCAUUCAGGCCAGGUGUUCUCACAGCUUUGAUGGGUGUGAGUGGAGCAGGAAAAACUACAUUGAUGGAUGUGUUGGCAGGUAGAAAAACUGGUGGAUAUAUUGAAGGAAACAUGACUAUUUCAGGAUAUCCGAAAAAGCAAGAGACUUUUGCCAGAAUCUCUGGUUACUGUGAACAGAAUGAUAUCCAUUCUCCUCAUGUCACAGUCUAUGAAUCCUUACUUUACUCAGCAUGGCUUCGUUUAUCUCCUGAAGUUGAUUCCAAAGCUCGAAAGAUGUUUAUUGAGGAAGUGAUGGAGCUUGUAGAAUUGAAUCCAUUAAGGCAAUCCUUGGUUGGUUUGCCCGGUGUGAGCGGUCUCUCCACUGAACAACGCAAAAGACUAACCAUAGCUGUUGAACUAGUGGCUAAUCCAUCAAUAAUCUUUAUGGAUGAGCCUACUUCAGGAUUGGAUGCAAGGGCUGCUGCAAUUGUUAUGAGGACAGUUAGAAAUACAGUAGAUACAGGAAGAACAGUUGUCUGCACAAUCCACCAACCAAGUAUUGACAUAUUUGAAGCUUUUGAUGAGCUUUUAUUAUUGAAGAGAGGAGGACAAGAAAUUUAUGUUGGGCCAUUGGGUCGUCAUUCUUGCCACCUCAUCAAGUAUUUUGAGGGGAUUGAAGGGGUUAACAAAAUCAAAGAUGGGUACAACCCAGCAACUUGGAUGUUAGAAGUUACAACUCAAGCACAAGAAAUGGUUUUGGGUGUUGAUUUUGCAGAUCUAUACAAAAAAUCUGAACUAUACAGGAGGAACAAAGAACUUAUAGCAGAAUUGAGCAAGCCUAUUCCUGGCUCAAGAGAGCUCUAUUUUGCUACUCAAUAUGCACAACCAUUUAUGGUGCAAUGCAUAGCUUGCUUGUGGAAACAACAUUGGUCCUACUGGCGAAACCCUCCAUAUACUGCAGUAAGAUACUUGUUCACCACCUUCAUAGCAUUGAUCUUUGGAACAAUGUUCUGGGAUCUUGGAUCCAAAAUAGACAAGAAACAAGACCUAUUUAAUGCCAUGGGUUCAAUGUACAAUGCUGUACUCUUUCUUGGGGUUCAAAAUGCAUCUUCUGUGCAGCCAGUGGUGGCCGUUGAACGAACUGUAUUUUACAGAGAAAAAGCUGCUGGAAUGUAUUCAGCACUCCCCUAUGCAUUUGCACAAGUUGCCAUAGAGCUGCCUUAUAUUCUGGCACAAGCGGUGACAUAUGGUGUGAUAGUAUAUGCGAUGAUGGGAUUUGAUUGGACUGUAGCAAAAUUCUUUUGGUAUUUGUUCUUUAUGUACUUCACAUUCCUAUACUUCACCUUUUAUGGCAUGAUGACUGUGGCUGUCACUCCAAAUCAUCACGUUGCUGCAAUUGUUGCUGCUGCAUUUUAUGCAGUUUGGAAUCUCUUUUCAGGAUUCCUCAUCCCAAGACCCGGGAUUCCGGUGUGGUGGAGAUGGUACUACUGGGCAUGUCCAGUGGCAUGGACUUUAUAUGGAUUGUUGGCUUCACAAUAUGGAGACGUGACAACCAAGAUUGAGACAGGCCAAACGGUGAAAGAAUUUCUGCGUAGUUAUUUUGGGUUUAGAGAUGAUUUUGUUGGAGUUGUUGCCGUUGUCGUUGUUGCCUUCACUGUGUUAUUUGCAUUCAUCUUUGCCUUCUCCAUAAAAGUCUUCAACUUCCAAAGGCGAUAGUUUAUGUGAUCUUAGUCAAUAUUAUUUAUAUAGUGUCAUAUAAUUACAUUUUGUUUAGUUCUUUUGGCCAACUUGUAGUCAAUUAACAUCGUUCUAAAGUUAGGUGAAUUCUUACACCACACAAAAAUUAAUUGUCAAUAUCAAAGUGAAGAUCCAUUAUUGAUA